GGGUGUGGUCUUAAAAAUCCACCCCUUCUAAAAUUAAAUGGGAAAAUAUUUGAGAACCACUGGUAUAAGCUUUCGCGAUGUUAGAGGUGUAAUGACACAGGCGGCCGAUAGAUGACGUUGUGUGAGCGCGGUGAUUGAGUUUACAGCAAAGAAGAAGAAGCAGCAAUAAGCUUAAAAAUAAUCAUUGCGCGGUUACUGUCGCGGGAAUCAAUAACAAAAUAACUUUAAUAGGAUUACACUUGUCCAAAUACUCGGACUUUUUCGUAUCAGGAUUCGUUUUGUUCUAUGAUAAAAACGUCACAGGUAAUUGAGCGUCCUGCUGCUUGUUUAUGCAGGUAACCAAGGUACAAGAUUGGCACAAGAGAAGCUGGAUUAACAGUAAACAGUUUUUAAUGAAGGGAAAUAUCCAGUAGAAGGCUGUUCGACUUCUGUGGAAAUGCCUUACCAAAUGACACAACAGGAACUGGAUCAACAGUUUGAAGAGUUCUUGAAAGAGUCAAUAUCUGAUGACUCUGACGAUUUGGGAAGCAGCUCUAAGCGCUCCAGCAUUCUUGAUAAUCUGGGAAAGGUACCCAAAAAGCAACCGGGGAAGAAAAGCCAGAUGUCUGUGCCUUGGUGGCAAGAGCUUGAAGACAGUGAUGAGACUCCAGGGAAAGCUCUUAAGAGAACCUUCCGUAAAUCAUUAAGGAAGUCCCAGACCAUCCAGGAGGUUGAAGAUGAAACGAAGGAGCAAUGCUUUCAUGAUGAGCCCAAAGGAGAGGCAGUAAUUCUUAGCAGUCUAGAGCCGGAGGAUUCACUGGUGUUAUAUGGAUCUGUGGGUAUGCAAACUCUGAAUGAGAAAGAAGAGGAGAACGCAAGAAUUCUCGACAGCUAUGACAGUGGGGCUAAGCCUGUGACUGAAGACUCGAGACUGAUCAAAGACCAGGAGUCCUUCAGCCCCAGUCUUGUGUCUCCUCAAAGGGGAAAAGAUGUCUCUUUGACAGAGCAGAGUCAAAGUCCAGAUGAAGAAAGAGAAUUGGGUUCUGUAAAAGACACAGCAGCAUCCCCUGCUUACAGUGAUGAUUUUCAAGACGAUACAAGCGAUACGGAACCUGAAAAGAAGAAGCCAGAAAGGUGUGGCAUGUUGGCUAAAGUGUCAUUGCAUGAUUCUCUGAACUUCACGGAUGAAGCUCCAUCGCCUGCUUUGCAGCCAGAGAAAACGAAGUACCCUUACUCCGGAACAGCACAGGCAGCAGACCCAGGCACCACAGGAAUGUCACAUGGUCAGAGUGGGGCGAGUGACAUGGAGGCUCUGCAGGAGGUCUACAGGCAGAUAACUCAUUCAGUAGAUGAGUGUGAGGAGCAAGAAAGUGAGGAUUGCAGGAGUUCUGCUUCUUUCUCCUCCUCAGAAAUUGUAAAAAGGACCACACAGCAUGCCUCUACUACAGAAUCAGAUUUGCCCACUGCUGAGGAACUGAUGCAUACUAUUGGACCAGAAUCUGGAACCAGAUUUGGCUCUGGUCUUGAGGCCCUAAGUGAAGCACCUGUAGAGAAGGAGGUUGAAAUGUUGGAUUCAGAGAGUCACACUACAAAAGCUAAAGCUAAACACUCUCCCGUGUCUCUCAGAGUAGCAGAUAAUGGGAACCUUGCAGCAUUGGAUGCACAUCAAACAUUUUCCCUUUGUAGUCUAAGCAGCAUCACAGAAGAGGUGAAAAGGCUUAUGCAGGAGCAGGAUAAUGUCUCUGAGGUACCUCGUGUUGCCUCUGUUGCCAGAGGCAAGAAGACUCAGAGUCCAGGCAGAUGCACUACCACUGCUCCUCUCUCAUCUGCUCCUGGGAAAGCUUCAGUACCAUUUGUGAGGGCUAAACAUGCUGACCAAAAGCCUUUACCCAAAGCUUCAACAACAAGCAGGAACAGCAAUUUAGCUAAACCGCCAUCUCCACUUACUCAAAGAAAGAGUCAAAAGCAAACCUUCAAUAGAAUGUCUUCUCUCAGUCAAACAUAUGUCAAAGAUCCAGGUUUAAACGUAAGCAGUAAACCUGUUGCUUCAAAGCAUUCAGCUGGUUUUCUGCAACAACGAAUGGCAGCAGAUGGUCUGAACACUGGUUCUCCUGAUCAGUCAGACAGCAACACACAGCAGGCAAAACAAAGCAAGAGGGUGGAUGAGAAUGAUGGAGCUGCAGCCAGAGGCCAUGACCCUCAGUUGGAAUACUCCUCACUGGCUCCACUGGCUCAGACAGAAAGAGAAUUUCUCCUCAGAGAGAAGCAACUUCUGGAGCAGCACAGCAAAAAGAUCAGUGGUCUCAAACAGAAGAACUACGUGUUGCUGAGCAAGUUGCGCAGUGCAGAAGAGGCAAUCAAGAAGCAGAAGUGGAGUUUUGGUGAAGACUCAGAUCCUGAAAAAGACAAGAAACUAAAACUGAUCAGGAAAGAGAUGAAGGAGCAGGAGACUAUAAUUCAAGGCUACCAUCUGGAAAAUGAAAAAUUGUACCUGCAGAUGAAGACCCUUGAGGCACAAAGAAAACAAAAUGAAGAGGCCAUGUUUGCAGAGAAUCAAAGAUUGCUAUCUGAAUUAGCCAUCACUAAGGAACAGUUAAAUAAGAGCAAUAAUCAGAAGACCUGGGGAAAUAAUAUAGGAAGUGACAUCUAUGGACACAGUAUUACUGAACUAUCGGCUAAGUUGCAGGCUGCACAGAGGACAGAAUCGCAGCUGCAGGAAGAAAACCACAGGUUGCAGCAAGAGAAGCAGGCUCUGCAGGUGGACUUGCAAUUAAUGAAAAGAGAACAAGACUUGGCAAAAGCACAAGUGAUCUGGACCUCAGAUGAUCAACGGUUUGAGCUGAAGUUGCUUGAGGAAAGACAUAAGGAAGAGGUGGCUGUACUGAAAAAGAGACUGCAGUGGUAUGCUGAGAAUCAGGAGAUGCUGGACAAAGAUGCAGCCAGACUCAGAUCAGCCAAUGCAGAGAUACAGAGACUAACUGAGCAGGUUGAGAAGCUGAGGAUAGAGGUAGCAAAGCAAGCUAAUCAGCAGCAGAAGAAAGUGAAAGAGAGGGUUGCAGAGGCCAAGAGAAUUCAGGAUCUUGAACGACAGGUAAAAGAAAUGGAGGGGAUUCUGCGGCGCAGGCACCCAAACUCUCUGCCUGCACUGAUGUUAGUUGCGGCAGCUGCUGGUGGAGAAAAGGGAGGAGAAAGUCAUCCAUGCGCAGCUCCUCAGCCCUUGCAUUCUACCACCCUGCUAGAGAAACGCAUCCACAGAUUGGAGGCUGAGCUUGAGGAUAGAGAUGAGGAAGCCAAACGCUCACUUAGAGCCAUGGAGCAGAAUUUCCACAGAAUCAAGCUCCAGUAUGAGCAGCAGAUUUCUGAUUUGGAGCAGCGGUUAGCUGAGCAAAGUCUGGGGUGUCAUAAGUGCUCACUUAACAAGUCUGAGAUUCAGUCAGAGACCCAGUUUCAUGUAGUGCAGGAGCUGGAACAACUAAAGGAACUGCACCAGAAUGAAGUAAGCACUCUGAAGGCUGAAGUGGCCACUUUGAAAGAGCAGCUCCUGGAGUUCCAUUCCUUAGCAGAGCCAAAAAAUGUCUCACGACACCAGAAACAAACAGAAGCAGCACAUAUUGGCCGGAUAGAACGCAUGAACCAGGACCUUAUCACCAAGAGCCGCACCAUCCAGGAGCUGAAGCGCACAGUGGGGCGGCUUCAAAAAGAGAGGAAGAGCAUGUUAAUCAGCCCAAAAGUUAAACCCUCCAGCACUACACCCAAACAAGCAGGCAAAUAUCCCUCCUUUGCCCUGCCUGAGAUUUUCCCACCUACUCAGGAUGAAAAAGAUUAUGAACCUGGAAUUUUCUCAGGCUCCCACAUUUCUGAGGUGCAGCAGGAGAAUGAGAGGUUGAGAGCCAGACAGGAGCAGCUGGAACAACAGUGGUUAGAAGAAAGAGUCUCACUUCAGACUGCUGCCACACAUGCACAUGCUGAACUCCAGAGGGCUCAGGAACAAAACUUGGAACAGAUGGCUUUGCUCAAGACUAAGCACCAGAGGGAAAUAGAACGGCUGGUGGCUGGCCAUGCCCUGGAGCACUCCUCAUCAAAUGUAGCUCAACUCACAAAUCAAGUGAAAUCCCAGGAGGUCAUGAUGUUGCAUUUACGUGAACAAGUAAAGGAGCUACAAAGAACUAAAAAAGCGCUUGAUUUAUCCAAACUUCGAGAGGAGACGUUGCAAAACCAGCUGACUAAGCUGUUAGAAGAACUGAAGCAGGCAAAAGCAGCCCACAGUCCUGAGCUCAGACAUUUUGCCAGUUUGGAGAACAAAAUCCGCACAAUGGAACUACGAUACAAUCAACAUGAGCAGGAACUACAGCAGAUGAUAGCACAGACACGCUUUAUGGUGGAGCAGGAACAGCAUGCGGAAGUAACACGCUGGCAGAGGCUAGCGCAGGGGAAAAGCAGCGAACUGGAGGCCUUUAGACAGGAGCUCGACGCCAUACUGGAUGUGCUUAGAGAGUUGCAGAAACAAGGAGUAGUGAUUCCUGCCACACAACAUUUCUCUGCUGUUGGCUGUAUAUUCCAACCUCUUACAUCCUGAUAUAGGAUUCUUUGUAUAAACAAGUUCUAUUCUCAGGUGUGUCUGGAAAACACUGUUUACCGUUUAAUAUAAAACCAUCACUUGAGAAUGAGACCUUAAACCAGUCCUUGUUAGGGAUUUUUUUUUUCUUUUUUUCAUUGAAUGUUUGUUUAAAAUUUGAUGGGGUGUUUUCUGUGUUGUUUUUCAAAGAGAUUGUUACACAUUGUUCAUAGUUGUUAUUACUGUUCUGAACACCAUGCUUCGCUUUGUAAACUUUUCUUUACUCUGUUAUGGCCAGUGAGCUGCUGUGCAGCACUGAUGUGAUUGUAAUGUGCCAUUGUUUCGAAAUCAGGGUAGCCGAUGGCUGAUAUAUGAUGCAGGUUUUUAUUUUAUGUUUGCCCGAUUUUCAAUUUUCUUUAUCAUUCUUCAUAUCAUAAAAUCUCAUAAUUUAUUAAUAA